AGAAUCUUCAUGUAGAAUGUAAUCAGUAACCAGGCAGGUGGGAUCACCAUAGCAACUGGUUAACUAAGGGCUGCUAUGCAGCUUGGAAGAAAGUUGUCGUCAUGGAAACGGGGCGAAGUCGUUUCAAUGUGUGGCGUGCAACAAUUUUAAUAUCAUAGGAACACAUACACACGCUCCAUUCUUUAUUUCUUCUUCCUCUGUUCCUCUAUUCGCCCUCUCUCUCUCCUUCUCUCUUUUUAAAAAGUCGACUCUUUUUUGCUUUUCUCUUCUUUUGCAGCUCGCCAUUCUAAAAACUCUUUUUAGACAACAAUGACAGAAGUCAUGAGCAACAACGUUGUGGGUUUACUACCCAGCAGUGAAAUAAUCGCACACAAGAAAAGCCUUGUUCCGCCUAUUCCUCCAAACGAAACAGUAGCCAAAGCAGCAGCAACAACAGCAGACGAGGAAGAGGAAAGAAUCAAGCGGCGACAGCGUAGAGCUAAACGGUCGAAAAGCAUUCCAACCGAUAUGGGCCAAAUGUUGAAACAGUUACAGUUGCCCGUCGAAGAAAUCACAAAGAACUUGGGAUCUUUUUCUCACCUGAUAUGGGUUCCCGCGCACAAGCAUCCACAAAUUGCCCCGAGUGAAUUUGCCGCGUGGAUCAGAUCUUUUAGCCAUGACGACACUAUAACCAGCAGUAACAACAACGACAACAAUGAGCCAUUCUUACCAACGAACAGAAUUUUUAACAACAACAAAAAAGCAUGUUUGCAGCGCAAAAAAUCCAGCUUAUCCAAAUCAUAUACCCUUGACGAGCUACUUAAUACUGAUCAUCAUCACCGCCAUCAUCGUCCCUCAUCAGCACCACCAGGUAUUUAAAGUUGUGUUUGCUCUUAAAAAAUAUCAAAGUCAGGUGUCUUUCCAUUCAUUCAAAAAGAUGCGAUUCUUUUAAUUUGCAGAAAAAAACAAUGAUACACGCGCAGCUGCAGUUAACGUAUUCAACCGAUACUCGACCGUCCAUGGCAAUGAUGAUU